CAGAAAUCCAAAGUUAUGACCGGAAGUUAGUUUUUUUUUUUUUCCCAACACAGCCUCACGCUGGUAACGAAACCUGUUUCUCCACAGACGCAUUAGCAGUUUCCCUCUGGAGUUUUCAGACAUGAAAAAACAAGACACGGAAGAGUCUCCCAGCAGUCCUGGCAGUGAGGACGCUCCACCCACGGCUGCAGUCUCUGAGGCACCUCCACCUGCUGCUACACCUGCAGCUGAAGCAGCUAAGGACGGCAACAGACCCAAACAGGCCGAAGCACAGAGCUCACACGCGGAGACUCCUCCACGAACCAGCGAGCGGGGAAAUGAAGCUCCUGAGUCCCAGUGCGACAUGGCCGAGGAGCUGAGCCGGCAGCUGGAGGACAUCCUCAGCACCUACUGCCGGCAGAGCAUUCAGGACGAAGCUGGUGCCUUGCUCAACGGCCAGUCGCUGAGCCCUGUGUUCAAUGGGUUGACCGGCGAGAAGGAAGACGACAAGUUGGAGGAAGGCAAAGUCAACGGUGGCGAGAAUGGAGCAGAGAAGGAACAGAAGAAGACUCAGGAGAAGAAGAAAGUGAAGGGUCUGGGCAAAGAGAUCACACUCCUCAUGCAGACUCUGAACACUCUGAGCACGCCUGAGGAAAAGCUUGCCGGCCUCUGCAAAAAGUAUGCCGACCUGGUGGAAGAGCAUCGUACAACUCAGAAACAGAUGAGGGCGCUGCAGAAGAAGCAGAGCCAGUUGGUGCAGGAGAAGGACAACCUGAGGAGUGAACACAGCAAGGCCAUCCUGGCCCGCAGCAAGCUGGAGAGCCUCUGCAGGGAGCUGCAGAGACACAACCGCACGCUCAAGGAGGAAGGAAUACAGAGAACACGGCUGGAGGAGGAGAAACGGAAGGAGGUGACGUCUCACUUCCAGCUGACCCUGAACGACAUCCAGGCUCAGAUGGAGCAGCACAACGAGAGGAACGCCAGCCUCCGACAGGAAAACGCAGAGCUGGCUGAGAAACUCAAGAAACUUUAUGAGCAGUACAAACUGCGGGAAGAGCAUAUAGACAAAGUGGUGAAGCACAAAGACCUGCAGCAACAGCUGGUGGAUGCAAAGCUGCACCAGGCGCAGGAGCUUCUGAAGGAGUCGGAGGAACGGCACGACAGAGAGAAAGACUUUCUGCUGAAGGAAGCCGUGGAGUCUCAGAGGAUGUGUGAGUUGAUGAAGCAGCAAGAGGUCCACCUCAAACAGCAGCUGUCGCUGUACACAGAAAAGUUUGAGGAGUUUCAGACCACGUUGUCCAAGAGCAAUGAAGUCUUCACCACCUUUAAACAGGAGAUGGAAAAGAUGACUAAAAAAAUCAAAAAGCUUGAGAAGGAAACGGCAAUGUACCGUUCCAGGUGGGAGAGCAGCAACAAGGCUCUGCUGGAGAUGGCUGGGGAGAAAUCCGUGCGGGAUCGGGACUUCGAGGCACUGCAGGGUAAGGUCCAGCGGCUCGACAAGUUGCGACGGGCACUAAAAGUGGAACGAAAUGAGCUGAAGAAGAAGGUCCAGAACCUCAACGGAGAUACCAGUGGCACCACGGGAGCCCCCACCUCCGAUCCUGGGACCGACUCCCCCUCACCCCCGCCUACAGACUCUUUGGAGCCCAGCAGCUGUCCUGUCCCAGACACCUCUUCCUGUUCCCACCCGUGCAACUCCGGACCACAACUGGACACAAACACAUCACAGGAAGAGGCAAACUCCCCGCCUGUUCCUGUACAAGAAUGAAGCUGAACCACUCCGUCUUUCCUCCUUCCCCUCCACGUUCAGACCACCAGCUGGCAAGCCGCUACUCCUCUGAUGGAAGAACAACGCUGGGCUGAGAGAUUGGGUUUUAACAGCAGGGUUCACUUAUCUUUCUAGUAUGAUCUGUCAAUCUGAAAGGAGCCAGUAAAGCAUUUAAAAUAAGUUUGAUUUCCUGUAGAAAUGAAGCUUCUGUGAUUCAAUUAAAACUUCGGGAUCUAAAUAUUGGAACUAGUGUUUUAAUGAGCUGCGAUGCAAGUCACACUGAUUGUUGGCAAGAAGAGAUUGGUGGUGUGUGUGUGUGUGUGUGUGUGUAUUCAGUGCUUUAGCUCAGUGAUGGUGUAAUGGAAAAGGGUUUGUUCUACAAGACACUUUUAGUUGUGAAUUCGUAACAUCUCUAACCGGGAACAUUCUGAAGGUUCUAUGUGAUUAUUAAGGGAUUUUUCUUUCUGGCCUCGUAGCUCAUUUUUGUUGUUUUUUCAUUUAAUUUUCCUUUUUGUUCCUAGCAUCAAAUUGCUUUCCUAUUAGUUCCUUUGUUUUAUUCCUGGCUCUACAAAGCAUUUUUAUUUAUUUAUUUUAUUUUUUUUGCUUGUUUUUUUUUUAUCUGGCACUAUACUUCUCUUCUAUUUCUCUCUUUUUUUUCUUUUUUUUUUAAUUAUUUCCCCUGCAUAGCCCCUUACAUUUAAUAUUUUUCACUGGCCAUAUAAAAGUUGCCUAAUCUUGUUUAAAUUUGUCCUCUGAUGCUGGGAAAAUGAUGCCCCCCCCACCGCUUCCUGAUUUUAUAUCCUCUUGGUCAGUUUUAUUUAGGUCUCCUUAUAAUAUGUAAAAAAAAAAAAAAACACUUUAAAGUCAUUUUUAGUUUGCCAUUACUACAUUUGGGAUGUACUCUGAUGAUCGCAGUAGCUUGUAAUCAGGUUUUAAUCAGGAGAAUGUUCCAGUAUCUAUGCAUCUUGGUUUUAUUCUAAGGCAGUCUCGACUGACAAGCACUUAGUUUGAAUGUAUAUUCAUUUAUGGAUGUAUAUACUUUAUUAAUAGACUAAAUGUCUCACAACAGAAUGCCUUCUUGUGGGAAAGGGGUGAAGUUUGGACCCUUUAAUGUAGAGCUGCUCUUAUUGUCUAGCUUUGAGUUCUAUGUUGCAUCAUUGUGAUGUUUUGAAAAGUGCAGUGACUGAGCCAAGUGGGGAAAAUGGAACGUUUUUGUCUUUUCUUUUUUCACCUCUGAAAUCUUUCACUCACUAACAUGUCAGCUUCUCAUCUGUAUGACUAAUGAUUAUGUAGAAGAUGUAGCUAUUGUAAAGUGGCGACACUUAAAACAAAUGUCAAAUCUUUGUUUUUUCCAGUGUCCCAGAGGACACAUUCAUUGUUAUCCAAUUCAUUUGGGCAUAAGAAGGAACCAAAGAUGCUUCCUUUUGUCUUUUGCAGUACUUUUAUCUGACCUUGUAUAUUUUUCUUGUUCAAUAAAAGAGCAAUUUAUGUUUGA